CAACCCAACUCCAAGGCUCUCUACCCAUAACCGUAGCCAUUGGUGCGCAAGGUGUAUUUCAUCUCGUCGUUGUGUGUGACUGGAGACGUGUGCGCAGCAGUCGCAAUUUUUCCCCUUUUGUGCACAAUCCUUGCUCUCGUCUGAGGGUACCCAAUUUGUGAGCGGGGUGGGGAGUGUUACCUGCAGUCAUGGCAGCCUCAGUUGCCUCCGUUGGGUGCAAGGUCGCUGCCUCAUUGGCCUCGACCACCAAGCUCGAGAAGACCUCCGCUGUUAGGUCGACCUCUGUAAACAACGCCUUCGGCCUCAAGCCCUCCGCCGCCCGCGUCUCCUGCAGCUUAGGUGAGAAUGUGAAGAGCGUCGUGGACAGCGCCAAGGCUGCUGCCAUCGUCUUGGCAUCGUCUGCUCUCGUUGCUGGGGCUUCCUUUGCUGAGGGAGUGCCACAAAGGUUGACCUUCGACGAGAUCAACGCCCAGACCUACUUGGACGUGAAGGGCUCAGGAACAGCCAACCAGUGCCCCAUUGUUGCCGAGGGUUCCGACAAGUUCAACUUAAAGGAUGGCAACUACCAGAUGAAGAAGCUGUGUCUCGAGCCCACCUCCUUCACUGUCAAGGCUGAGUCCCAGUUCAAGCAAGGUGGCGAGGACUACCAGCCUACCAAGCUGAUGACCCGCUUGACUUACACCUUGGACGAGAUUGAGGGUCCAUUGACCAUCAGCAACGGCAAUCUGAAGUUUGAGGAGAAGGAUGGCAUCGACUACGCUGCCGUGACUGUGCAACUCCCAGGGGGCGAGAGGGUUCCUUUCCUCUUCACCAUCAAGGAGUUGGUUGCAACUGGAAAGCCUGAGGCAUUCGGUGGAUCCUAUUUGGUGCCCUCAUACAGAGGAUCGUCUUUCUUGGACCCCAAGGGCAGGGGUGGAUCUACCGGAUACGAUAACGCCGUGGCACUUCCUGCCGGAGGAGCUGGUGAUGAGGAAGAGCUUGCGAAGGAGAAUGAGAAGAACACCGCUGCUUUGAAUGGAAACAUCACCUUUAGCAUUGCUAAGUCUAACGUUGAGACUGGUGAGAUUGCUGGAACCUUCGAGAGCAUUCAGCCAUCGGACACUGACUUGGGUUCCAAGGCUCCCAAGGAGGUGAAGAUUGAGGGUAUUUUCUACGCUCAGGUCGAGUAGAAGGAAGCACAUCGUAAUUCUGCUCUCUCUCUCUCUCUCUCUCUCUCAGUUUUGGUUGAUGUCUAUACACAAGUUUUAAUGCACCUUUUGUAAUGUAAUCUGCUCAGUGAUUCCGAGUAAUUAGUCGAUGUCUCGUGCAUGUCGGAAAGGAACCUUUUUUGUGUUCAUGCACAGGAGUGAAAUGAUGUGAAGCCAGAGAAUAUGUGAAAAGUCCACUCCUUUCAUAAUAAUCGCUUUUUUUAAUCCAAUUCUGUCCGUGUAGUCUCUCGGAUUGGGUUGUGAUUGCCUACCUUAA